AUCAGCUGCAGACAAAAUGGCGUCGGCGCAGGCGGAGACGAAUGUCGGCGUGGCGCCCGAACAGGGACCAGUGGCCCAGAGGCGCAAAGGGACGGGAUCGGGCGCCGAUUCGCCCAAGAGUAACAGGAGCUCGCCCACUCAGCAGGAGGAGAAGCGCAUCAAAAGCGAGGAUCGUACUUCACCCACUGGCGGAGCCAAGGACGAGGACAAGGAGAGUCAAGGUCAUGCUGGAGCCGGAGGGGGAGGAUCUUCGCCAGUGAGUUCGCCACAGGGCAGGAGUUCUUCGGUGGCCUCGCCCAGUUCCAGCUCCCAGCAAUUCUGCCUGCGCUGGAACAACUAUCAGACGAACCUGACCACCAUCUUCGACCAGCUGCUCCAGAACGAGUGCUUCGUGGACGUGACCUUGGCCUGCGAUGGUCGCUCCAUGAAGGCCCACAAGAUGGUCCUGUCCGCCUGCUCGCCCUACUUCCAAACGCUUCUGGCCGAGACGCCCUGCCAGCAUCCCAUUGUGAUCAUGCGGGACGUAAACUGGUCGGAUCUCAAGGCCAUUGUGGAGUUCAUGUACCGCGGCGAGAUCAACGUGAGCCAGGACCAGAUAGGUCCUCUGCUCAGGAUAGCUGAGAUGUUAAAAGUUCGCGGUCUGGCGGAUGUGACCCACAUGGAGGCGGCUACGGCAGCCGCGGCUGCCGCUUCGUCGGAGAGAAUGCCCUCCUCACCCAAGGAGAGUACUUCAACUUCCAGAACUGAACACGACAGGGAACGGGAGGCCGAGGAGCUGCUGGCCUUCAUGCAGCCCGAGAAGAAGCUACGCACUUCGGACUGGGAUCCCGCUGAGCUGAGGCUUUCCCCACUGGAGCGGCAGCAGGGCAGGAAUGUGAGAAAGCGCCGGUGGCCCUCGGCGGACACAAUAUUCAAUCCACCCGCACCACCCAGUCCACUGAGCAGCCUGAUAGCCGCCGAAAGGAUGGAGCUGGAGCAAAAGGAAAGGGAGAGACAGAGGGACUGUUCGCUGAUGACACCUCCACCCAAACCACCACUGAGCAGUGGCUCCGCAGCGGGAGCCACGAGGCGCUUGGAGACCGCCAUCCAUGCCCUGGACAUGCCAUCGCCGGCUGCCACGCCAGGACCUCUGUCCCGAUCCUCGAGACCUCACUCGCAGAGCCCCCAGCAGCAGCAGGCACAGCAGCAGGGUCAGCUUCCUUUGCCCCUGCCCCUGCAUCCGCACCACCACGCAUCACCCGCCCCACAUCCCUCCCAGACCGCUGGAUCAGCCCACCACCCGCCAUCGCCCGCUGGAGACUCCCGUUUUUCCCUCGGACCCGCAGCCGCCAUGGCCGCUGCCAUGGAACUGAGUGGCCUGGGACCUGGUCCGUCCGCCGAGCCACGCCUACCGCCUCCACCGCCGCACCACCAUGGCGGUGGUGGAGUUGGCGGUGGGGGAGUUGGAGGAGGAGGUGCAGGCGGAGUGGGUUCAGGCGGGGGAUCCUCGCUCGCCGAUGACUUGGAGAUCAAGCCAGGGAUCGCCGAGAUGAUCCGAGAGGAAGAAAGGGCCAAAAUGAUGGAGAACUCGCACGCCUGGAUGGGCGCCACCGGAUCCACGCUGGCAGCAGACAGCUACCAGUACCAGCUGCAGUCCAUGUGGCAGAAGUGCUGGAACACCAACCAGAACCUGAUGCACCACAUGCGCUUCCGCGAGCGAGGUCCUCUCAAGUCCUGGCGACCCGAGACCAUGGCGGAGGCCAUUUUCAGUGUGCUGAAGGAGGGCCUUUCGCUCUCCCAGGCCGCCCGCAAGUACGACAUCCCGUAUCCCACGUUCGUGCUCUAUGCCAACAGGGUGCACAAUAUGCUGGGACCUUCCAUCGACGGCGGGCCCGACCUGCGGCCCAAGGGGCGUGGCAGGCCGCAGCGAAUCCUUCUGGGCAUCUGGCCCGACGAGCACAUCAAGGGCGUCAUCAAGACGGUGGUCUUUCGCGACACCAAGGACAUCAAGGACGAGAGCCUGGCCGCCCACAUGCCACCCUACGGUCGACAUUCGCCCGCGUUUCCCUUGCAGGACCUCCCUCUCAGCUAUCCCGGAGCCAGUGGCGCCUUGGCAGGCGCGCCCAGCUCCUUGGCCUGUCCGAAUGGCAGUGGACCGCAGACCGGAGUGGGCGUGGCCGGAGAGCAGCACAUGUCGCAGGAAACGGCCGCCGCGGUGGCCGCCGUGGCGCACAACAUCCGCCAGCAGAUGCAAAUGGCAGCGGUUCCGCCCGGCUUAUUCAAUCUGCCGCCUCAUCCGGGAGUGGGCGGUGGAGUGGGCAGCGUACCCGGCGCAGCUGGAGGCAGGGCCAGCAUAUCGCCGGCCCUGAGCAGUGGCUCCGGGCCCAGGCACGCUCCCUCGCCCUGCGGGCCCGCCGGCCUCCUGCCGAACCUGCCGCCCAGCAUGGCCGUCGCUCUGCACCACCAGCAGCAACAGCAGGCGGCGCACCACCACAUGCAGCAGCUGCACCUGCAGCAGCAACAGGCCCACUUGCACCACCAUCAGCAGCAGCAGCAGCAGCACCAUCAGGGCGGCCAUCAGGUGGCCCACAAGUCCGGUUUCGGUGCCAGCUCCAGUUCCUCAGCCUCCUCGUCGUCAAUGGGCCAGCACCAUGCGCCCAAGGCCAAGAGCAGUCCGUUGCGCAGCGAAACGCCUCGGCUGCACUCCCCGCUCGGCGAUCUUGGCCUGGACAUGGCCUGCUACAAGCGCGAGUUCUCGCCCAGCCGCCUCUUCGCCGAGGAUCUGGCCGAGCUGGUGGGCGCCAGUGUCUCCUCUUCCUCAUCUUCGGCGGCGGCAGCGACGGCUCCUCCAGAAAGAGCGGCGGGAGCAGCUUCCGCAGCGGCAGGCGCAGAUGCACCCAGUUCCUCGAGCAGUGGAGGCAUCAAGGUGGAACCCAUCACCACCACUAGCGAGUAAAGGGAAAUGAUAAGUGAAAGUUGAGAAAUGAUAAUGGGUGAAUGAACGCGAAUCAGAAGCUUCGGCAGCUUUACUUGGCCUGCGUAAGCCUACGCCUUGGUUAAUUAAAUGAAUUUCAAUUAUAUAUUAUUUACUGUACGUGGAAUCUGUAAACUGCAUUCCGCGAUUUAUGUCCAUAGAGCAAAUUGAAUGAAUUUGGCCCGAGGAAACCGCAUUAGGCAUUGCAUCCACAUAUUGUAAACGAGUUUCGCAAAUUACACAAUAUAUAUUACAUUUCAAAUUAGCCCUAUAACCAUGUGUAAAUAAACUAGAGUAAACGAUAUUUACGUUUUGAAGGUUUCCUCCAAUCUUUGCGUUUUUACCUCGAACAAUUCCUACACUUGAUAUCCAAUCGAAUUUACAAAUAAGCUUUAACCACGUUCUGUUUACCAUAUCAAAGUGUACAUUGCAAUCGAGUUAACCAAGGUGUGGGCUGGCGCAUCGGCCAGUUUUACUCUAGUUUCCUCCACGCGAUCUUCGCCACCUAGUUUCUAUUCCUAGCGUACUUACUGAAUCAAAAUUAAAGUAUUAUUAUGUUAUAGUCCAUCAGUCUAACUAACUAAAUAGCGACCGAUCUCUUUAGUUGUAAGCUACAGCGGAGGUGGAAGCAGCAAACCCGGAACAUUCCACCCACCAUCCGAAACAGACAGUGAAACUCCAAUGGAAACCGAAUCAGAAGCAGAAGCAGGAUCCACAAGCCCCAGCAGUUUAAUAUUAAUGAAGUGGAAUAAAAUCAAAAGAGUUUAAGCGGACUUAUCUUGGUAAUUGUGUGCCCGAAUUUGGUUUAGUCUUUGGUUUACGAGAAGCGAGAAAGAAAAUGUACAAAAUUAUCUAAAAAUGGAAGUCGAAGCUUGUGGCUUCAAACGCAAAUGGAAUCAACUAAAUUUAAUGUUUAGGCUUAACAAAAAACAAAGAAAUUCACAAAAAAUGCCUUUCGGAAUUAAAUUCAGCGAUGAACACACCGCAAACAAAAUUUGUAAAAAGAAAACAAACAAAACACGUGAACUUUUUUAACGUACUUAUACAAUCGAAAUUUUUAGACAAAAUUUAGAAGCAACAUUUUUUACACCGAGCCCUGCUGCUGCUCCCGCCGAACUCGAGGCCCCUGAUUUCGACAUUAUUGGAAACCCAACGUAGUCCCCGAACUAAUCCCGAAUUGACCCCGUAGUCCCCACUAGAUCCCCUUCUAAAGUGCCUUUUCUAGCCUUAAUUUGGACUCUGCUCCACUUCCGAUCCGGCCGAGAGCGAGGCCAAGGACUCGCAGCAGGACUCGAGGGUUUAUUUGGCAAGUCUGGCGACAUUACGAUGGGAUGGAGUAUCGGAGGACGUAUCUUUAUUUGGUUAUAACCCUUUAGGCAUUUAGGCAUACUUUCGGCAGCGUUUGGUUUGGCAAGCACACAAUUGAUUAAUCGGACAAGAGUUAAUUACGAUGAUAAUGAUAAACACGACUAUUUUUGCAUACGCAAGAACAUCUACCAUAGCCAUAGCCCGUAUAUAAGCACACACGAUAUAUAAGUAUCUAUGUAAUCCCAGUCCCCAAUAGACUUUGAUGUUCCACACGUAUCGAAACUUAACGAAUUACUUUCGGAAUAGGAUGUAAUAUAAGCAGUGGCAAGAGUUAGCGGCUAAAUCUCCUGGAUAUUGUGUAUCUUUGUACGAUCUGGAUCAGCGUCCAAGUCCACGUCCAAAACUCAACAUUUUCUAUAAACUUUAGUGCAAACUUUAUGUUCAAAUUAACUUUAAAUGUCGAAAUGAAUGUUCUAAUUAAUCCAAGAAAACAAAAACCUAAAAACGGAAAACCGAAACGAACAAAAGUAUUUUAUAAAAACAUUG